CAAAAAUUAAAAAGGUUAAGACCAUGCCAGGAUAAGCUAAGUGAAUCUGCCCUCAGCGAGUUUUGACUUGUUUUUUUUUGAUGAUGUGGCUUUAUAUUAGUAGCAAGUAUGCAAAAUGUCAGCCCCCCAAAUGUAUAUUUUGGGUAAAAAAAAAAGAUCUUUCUUCAAUUUUUUUUUCUAGCUAGCCGAUUUUGACGUGCGUCACAUAUAUUGUGCAUAUAGUAAAGGCAAUUAUACGACAUCAAUUAUAGGACACAUUGCCAUACAAAAAAAUAAAAACUUAAAAAUUAUUUUUUCCAACUUAUUUACCAAAGCUAGCCUCUUUAAUAAGCUAUAAAAUUAAUGUAUUUACUUAAUUUUACCUGUGGUGUUACCAGUAACAGGGUGUUUUUUAGGGUUUCGUACCCAAAGGAACGGGACCCUAUAACUGAGACCGCUGUCCGUCCGUCUGUCACCAGGCUGUAUCUCAUGAACUGUGAUAGUUAGCCAGUUGAAAUUACUUCAGAUUAUGUAUUUCUGUUGCCGCCAUAACAACAAAUACUAAAAACAGAAUAAAAUAAAUAUUAGUUUACAAUCUCGAGGUUCUCAUCCAAUCACUCAAAUUAAGCAACGUCGGGCGGGGUCAGUACUUGGAUGGAUGACCGGAAUGGUACGGAACCCUUCCUGUGCAAGUCCGACUCGCACUUGGCCGAUUUUUUUAAUAGAAUACAUCACUAUACAUUUUCUUUACCCACUCGUUACAACUAAUCGAUUAAAAACUUUUUAGAGAAACGUGUUUGUUUAUAAUGAACACUGGCCACUUACAAAAAUAAAAAAAAGAAUAAUUAAAAAUAUUAAUUCCUUCGAGCGGCUAUUUCUUUCGGAGCGAUUCUUUCCGAAAAUAUUAACUUCUAGCACUAACGAUCACGUAGCAAAGCCGAGGAAGGACGGACAGACGGACAUGGCGAAACUAUAAGGGUUUCUAGGUGACUACGAAACCCUAAAAAGGUAAAAAGCUAAAUACUUAUUUUGAAACCAUACCAUACUUUGGAACUUCAAAAAUAAAGACUGCCUGGGUGGGUUCUAAAUAGUCUGUUUUUGUCUACAAGUUUGAGAUCUCGAAUGGUAUUUAUAUGCUUGCACAACAAAUGACCAGUAGCUACAGCCCGAGAAUUCUCACCAACUGGGCAUAUUGCCUACAGAGGGUAUGUGACACACUGUACAUUACUCUGCUCCCAAGACUUACGUACCUGCUCACGGUAUUCGAAUUAGCAGUGAGUAGAGUUCAUUCUCACCUUCAGCAGAACCGGGAGACUUAGAUCUAGAUGACUAGUAAAAUAGCCGAAACAAUACGACGCAUCACUCUAAAUGGGGCUACAUGUAACGUCCCUUACACCUGGUACAAGAUUUUCAUAUAAUAAUGACAAGAACCAGUGCAUGAUUCAACCUUUACCGGUCGCCGUGGUAAAACCUAGGAUUUACCAAAUAAAUGUCGGUAAAAGCCCGAAGUGAACAAUAAUUAUUUAACAUUUCGGGCUUUUACCGACCGGCAUCGGUAAAAUCAAGGUUAUACCGGUAAAUCCUAGGUUUUACCGUACGUCGGGCUUUUACAUUAACAUAUAUUUACCUAACUCCAUAAUUAUAAAAUAAAUUGAAACAAUUUGUCAUCAUCCUUAAGAUACUUAUUUACUUGUUGCUCUACCCUACCCUAUGAAUAAGGUACAGUCACCUCCUUGUGUGUGUUCUACCGCUUGUACAAUGGGCUGUGCUCUGAAGAAUUGUUUGACAUGAUGCCAACGGCCGCUUUCUAUCACCGCACCGCUCGCCGUCGGCAGGGUGUCCAUCCUCAUACCCUAGAACCUAAAUGGUCGCGUACUGUGCGGUUUAAGAGGAAUUUCCUCCCGCGAACGCUUCGGCUGUGGAAUGAGCUUCCUACUUUAUUUUUUCAAAAAAGCAAAACUUAUAAACCUAGAAUAUAUUAUCCUAAAGCGAGCGACAAUAAAAUCAAAGUGAUUUGUUAAGAUUUAGUUAGUGAAAACCGUUUUCUCCCGAAAUGGAAUUUCAUAGAAACGUUACCGUUAUUUCGUUAGAUUCGAAAAGCUAUUCUUCCCUCUUGACUUUUCUAGAAACAAUCGUGGUACACGCAUACAUCUCCCUAAUCUACGCAGACCAAGCAAAAAGCAAAACAUCACUUUGUUCUAACAUUCGCAUUAAGCCCCGAGCACUCGAACGCUCUUAAAAACUCACUCCCAAUCAUAGACAAUUUAAAACUCAUAUUUUAUUCCACAAAAGUCGACCCUCACUAUAAAUUUAAUUGGUACAGGUCCCUAACUUUUCGAUUUAUAUUCGAACAGCUUUUAACCAACUCGAUAUAGCUGAAUGCAUGCUUAAGAAUCUCUCAAGCGCAAAACUUUGGAGGGAUCCUAUUGGUGGCGGCGCGAAGGGUGGAGUUCGAGGCCCCGCCCGUGGGCCCCGCGCAUGCUAAACACGCUUUAAGGCCCGUUUAAGCGGUGUUUUGGCCCAAAACCGCAAGAAAAUGUAUGUAACGACGGUUAGGGGCGUUGCUAAAUGAAAAGAAUUUUCGCGUCGGUUGCGUUUUGGAUAUGGCCGACAGUUUGACGGGGUACGCGGGGAGGCCGCGCGCUGCAUUCUGCGAAUUUGCAAUUUUUACAAAUAAACUUAAAAGACAUUUUAAAAAAUAAGUACUGCAUUAAUCAAAUACAAGAGAUAUUUGAGUGUUGAAGAUAUGAGUAAGACAAUGUAAUUUAGUUUUUUAAUAAGUUUUCGAUUGAGCAGAAUGCAGGACAGCCACAAAUCGUUUCUGAUCAAAGAUUUGUUGGGAGAUGUUCUUCGGCCGGUGUCGGAUGGCGUCACAGAAGACCAGGACACCAGCCAAGCCUCCGACAACGACGAUGACAUCUCCGUUGGGGACAACCGCAGCGACGCGUCGUCCAAGUAUGACAAGGACAAGGCCGAAACGGCGAGGUCUACGCCUGUCGACUUUAAUCGGACGGAAUAUUUCAAAGAGGAGUUUGAGAGGAACGAGAGUCUGAAGUUGUAUAAUGGUGACCUGUUUCAUAUGUACAGGCCCGAGCAAGGUAAGGAGGACGAAGGCUUUGUGAUCUCAGACAGCAUCUACGGCAGAUCCAUGGACUUGUCGAAGAGCUCCUUCCAAAGUCAACUCUUGGCUGGUUUCGCGUCCGUCAUGGCUGGCGGAUCACAGAGGGAAACCCAAGAGUCAGCAGAUCGUCAACCCCGUGCCAGCUCCUCACGGAAGCCCCGCCGCCGCCGCACAGCCUUCACCCACGCCCAGCUUGCAUAUCUCGAGCGCAAAUUUCGCUGCCAAAAGUACCUGAGCGUCGCCGACCGCGGGGACGUAGCUGACGCCCUCAGCUUGAGUGAGACGCAGGUCAAAACCUGGUACCAGAACCGGCGAACAAAAUGGAAGCGCCAGAACCAGCUCCGGUUGGAGCAACUGCGUGCCCAGGCGGCCAGCGGGGGCGAGCGAGACGUCCGCUCGCUGCCUCUCGCUUGCGCGCUGCUGCCGUCCUACCCCGCCUACAUGCACUGCCAUAUGUGAGCUCCCAACUUCUGUUAGCCUGGUGAGCUUGACUGCAUAAGUGAGGUGGGUUAAGAAGAACAGGGGGUAAAAAGGGAUACUUAUACAUAGAAAUAUAUUGUUUCUUGACACGAGAAAAAUAAAAUUGGAGCAAGCUAAUUCUGCCGAGAAGUUUGAGAGACAGACCGUGGAAACACCACAAAUAGAUUUUUUUUAUGAAAAUAUAAUGUAUAUAGCAGAACUCUCCCCUUUUUUAGAGCAAAGUCUGCCUAUCUUUGACGGAUUGUAGAUUAAGCGCUUGGCCAUAUUAAACAUACAUAGUAUGCUUCUUUCUUACAAGUGAUAGGUGACGCACGCCAUAUUGU